AUGGCGUCGUCUAGUGCUGGCGUUACGCGUUCAGGUGUGAAAAAGUAUGCACGAAAAUACUGUAAAGAAUGGGAGUAUGAUCCAAAUUUAAGAGAAAAAUUCAGCAGCUGUCAUUUCAAUUCGACGCGAUAUUUCAAUCGUGACAUUUUCCACAUUUUCAAUAUCAAAAACGAAGUGAACAGUGCGUUUUUAAGAGAUAUAUUUUGUUUGUACUUAACUAAUUAUUGUUGCAAAAUGCCGCGAAGAGGACGUUCAGCAAGUCCGCCACCCGCUCCACAACGACGAGCUGCACCACCAACAAAGAAUGUGCCUGCUCAUGCUCCCCCAACAAGUCCAGGCCCCGUACACGCUCAACCUCAACAGCCAUCGCUAUUCGGGCAGAUGGCUGCGACUGCUGGUGGAGUCGCCGUAGGAUCAACAGUGGGUCACGUCGCUGGUAGUGCUCUAACUGGAUUGUUUGGUGGUGGUGGUAGCAGUGAAGCAGUGCAGCAGCAGCAGCAACAACCAGCCCCUGUUCAAUCUCCUUACAGCCAAUACCAAGCACAGCAGCCACAAGGACCUUGCGCCUGGGAGAUUAAGCAGUUUAUAGAGUGUGCUCAGCAACAGCAUGACCUGUCGCUGUGUGAGGGUUUCAAUGAGGCCUUGCGCCAGUGCAAAGUCAACAACCACUUAUAA